AAGGAUAAAGCAUUUGAACCAUCACGCUGGUGUUUAGUUUCUCUAUCUCUAGACAAGACCCGAGCAAUAUAAAUUGAACACCAUACCACCUGUCGUUCUCCACAAAAUUCAUCCACCUCGCGCCACACAUCCUCGGAUCCUCCACGAAAAAGAUGACGCUCUCCAAGCACCUCGUUGCUCUGUUCUUCGCCUUCGCUGUCGUGGCCACGACACUGCAGCCAUCUGGUGCCAGGCUCCAAGGAUUCGAGGAAGUAGCCGACCAAACCAAAACCGCCGCCACUUCCGUUGGAUGCUCCCCAGGAUUUCCUUCGCCCCCCGGUCAACUGCCACUGCCUCAGACUCCUUCGUCCCCCGGUCAGCUGCCACUGCCUCAGACUCCUGGCUUCCCUAGCCUUCCACCAUUGUUUGGCGCUCCGCCGUCGCCGCCGCCACCAAAGGAGUGCCUUACGUCGCUGGUGGGCAUGGCGCCAUGCAUGGACUACCUCACCAAGAUUACGGUGAUAACGCCGCCAAGCAUGUGCUGCGAUGGUCUCAAGUCGGUCAUCACCAACGCGCCCAUCUGCCUCUGCCACGGCAUGAACGGCGGCAUGAGCAAGCUUUUCCCCAAACCCAUUGACCCGAUACGCAUGCUUAUUCUCCCGUUCAGAUGUGGCGCCUUCCCACCGCUUCAGACCAUCUUCCAGUGCGCAACUACAACCCUGCCGCCGCUGAUGCCACCUACCUCCCCAGCGGCCCCGGCGCCGCCUGCUUCUCCCGCACCGCCACUGAUGUCUUCUGCAUCCCCAGCGCCUACUAGUUCUCCCGUAUCACCUCCUUGAGAAAGUCACCACUGGGGCAAGAAGAUGUUGAAUCGUGGAAGGUUUCGUCCAGAUUAGAUGUUUAGUUCCGUAGCCAGUUGCCGUUUUAGUUUUGUUUACAUUUAGUACCAGGGAUAUAUAUAAGGUAACAUCGUUCAGGAGGUUAAUUAGGGAGUACAGUCUUGUAAGAUCUCCGUUGCAUGAUGUAAUCGUCAGUGGAUAUUAAUAUAUAUACUCGAUGCUCUGUGAA